AUGUCACACGAACUAGGCUAUAGGGACGACAAACACAUUUUCUUUACAGAAAUUAGUUCAAUGUCAAGUCAACACCGUUUUCCUUUCUCCGCCAUAAAUUAUGUGGAAUCUCUAGGUGAGUUGACCAAUGAAGUUUUUUCAACUGUGGCCAAAUAUUUGCAUCGCAAUGGAAUCAGAACCGUUGAGACUGUUUAUUGCAUGUUGGAUAAAAUGAGAGUUGACAAAAAGCUCGAUGAUAUUUAUGACAAAAUAUUCCAUGAAGAAAGAGAUGAUGUGAGGGAUGAGGUCGAUAAAUAUUUGCGAGAACUCGAACUUCAAUGUGGUCAAAGCUAUUCGUCAACUCCACUCGGAAUCGCAACAUUUUUUUCAUUCUUUUCAAUUGUGUUAUUAGGAAUGGGUUUUUGUAUGAUGACAUGUAGUUGGGGGAAAAUAAGGAAGAAUAGAUGUAGUUUCAUAUUCAAUGUUGGUUCAAAAGCUUUCUUCACGAAACUGGUCGAAAAAGCUCCAGGCUGA